UUCACAUUUUGUUGUUAUUCGUUUACCUUGCUGAAAGGUUACUGUUCCUCCACUGAAUAUAAAUUCUCAGACCAUCACAACGCAUGCCGUGAACUUCACCGGUAGCUGCUAUCAUUCUUCUCCGACCACCAUCUACAACCAUGCCAGUCUCAACCAUCUCAGUGAAAUCAAACUCUCCUCCUGCUCCCUCACCAGAAUCCGAAACCCUAGAAUUCAAAUGGGGCCAAAAGCGAGGAAAAGGCGGUAAAAAACGUGAUAUACAGUUCUACCAAUCAUUCACCUUACGUGGUGUUGAUUACUCGCUUUUUGAUAAUGUUUAUGUUAAGAAUGAUUUUGCUGAACCACGUAUUGGUAAGAUCAUCAAGAUAUGGGAAACUCCUACUCUUGAAAGGAAGAUUAAGGUUCAAUGGUUCUUUCGUCCUAUUGAGGUUUCAAAGUGUUUGACUUGGAUUAAGAUUUAUUUUAAUGAAUUGUUCUUUGCUUGUGGUGAUGGUGAUGGACUUGCUACUAUUCAUCCUCUGGAAUCUAUUGCUGGAAAAUGCAACAUUGUUUGCAUUUCUAAGGACUCUAGGAAUCCACAGCUAUCGGAUAAAGUCACUUGGAGUGCUGCCUUUGUGUUCUAUCGUUACUUUGAUGUUGGGCAGCGUAAAAUAGUGGAGGAGGUAGAUGACAAGAGUAUCGGAAUUGAAGUCAAGAACAUAUUUAACAAAUUGGGAUAGUCAAAAGCCUGCUGCUGCUGCUGUAAAAUAUUAUUUAUACAACAAAGGGAGUUUGGGGAAAUGCCUUGAAAAGUAGUGAAGUCACAAGUGGUUUUUUGAAUAUUAAAAAUAGUCAGACUGUAAUUAAAAGCUAGAUGGCAAAUAUGUUGGUACAUUAGUUUCAGAAAGGAGAUGCAAUGUUAAAUUUUAAAUUUGGUGUCUGUGAUAUUUAAUUUAAAUAUGAUGAAAUUAGGUACAUUUGAAUUAAUGUUUGUUUCA